UCUUUAUCUCUUCUAUAUAACUCUACCACUCAAUGACUCUCUUUCUUAGCCUGCAACCCAAAACCAACACCCAAGAUGGACCUCCUCCUCCUAGAGAAAGCUCUUAUUUCCCUAUUCUUCACUGUAAUCUUAGCCAUUUUGAUCUCCAAGCUUCGCAGCAAGCGCUUCAAACUCCCUCCUGGCCCCAUUCCAGUGCCUGUUUUCGGCAACUGGCUCCAGGUUGGUGAUGACUUGAACCACCGCAACCUCAGCGACUUAGCCAAGAAGUUUGGUGACAUUUUCAUGCUCCGCAUGGGGCAGCGUAACCUUGUGGUUGUCUCUUCCCCGGAGCUGGCCAAAGAGGUUUUGCACACUCAGGGAGUUGAGUUUGGGUCCAGAACAAGGAAUGUUGUGUUUGAUAUCUUCACAGGCAAAGGGCAGGACAUGGUUUUCACCGUGUACGGGGAGCAUUGGCGCAAAAUGAGGAGGAUCAUGACCGUUCCUUUCUUCACCAACAAGGUGGUGCAGCAGUAUAGACAUGGAUGGGAAGACGAGGUUGCCAGGGUCGUUGAAGAUGUGAGGAAGAUUCCAGAGGCGGCGACGAAUGGAAUUGUUCUGAGGAGGAGGCUGCAGCUUAUGAUGUACAACAACAUGUACAGGAUCAUGUUCGAUAGGAGGUUUGAGAGUGAGGAUGAUCCUUUGUUUGUGAAACUCAAGGCUUUGAAUGGAGAGAGGAGUAGAUUGGCUCAGAGCUUUGAGUACAACUAUGGCGAUUUCAUCCCCAUCUUGAGGCCAUUCUUAAGGGGGUAUUUGAAGUUAUGCAAGGAAGUGAAGGAAAUGAGAUUGCAGCUGUUCAAAGACUAUUUCCUUGAGGAGAGGAAGAAUCUUGCAAGCACAACAAGAAGUGACAACAACGCUCUGAAGUGUGCCAUAGAUCACAUUCUUGAUGCUCAGCAGAAGGGAGAGAUCAACGAAGACAAUGUCCUUUACAUUGUUGAGAAUAUCAAUGUUGCUGCCAUUGAAACAACACUAUGGUCAAUUGAAUGGGGCAUUGCUGAGCUUGUGAACCAUCCUGAGAUCCAGCAGAAGCUUCGUAAUGAAAUCGACUCUGUGCUCGGACGUGGCGUGCCGGUUACCGAACCUGACACCCACAAACUUCCAUAUCUCCAGGCAGUGAUCAAGGAGACACUGCGGCUGCGGAUGGCCAUCCCUCUACUAGUCCCACACAUGAACCUCCAUGAUGCCAAGCUUGGUGGGUAUGACAUCCCAGCAGAGAGCAAGAUCCUUGUGAAUGCAUGGUGGUUAGCCAACAACCCAGCCCAAUGGAAGAACCCAGAAGAGUUCAGGCCCGAAAGGUUCUUCGAGGAGGAAGCCAAGGUCGAAGCCAAUGGGAAUGACUUCAGGUAUCUUCCAUUUGGUGUUGGAAGGAGGAGCUGUCCAGGAAUCAUCCUUGCGCUGCCAAUCUUGGGGAUCACGUUGGGACGCUUGGUGCAGAACUUUGAGCUGUUGCCUCCUCCAGGACAGGCUAAGCUUGACACUUCGGAGAAGGGAGGACAGUUCAGCUUGCACAUCCUGAAGCAUUCAACCAUUGUUGCAAAGCCAAGGGUGUUUUGAUUUGAAUCAUGCAAGUUUCUUAAAGCACUGGAUUUGGACUUUUGCAUUAUGCUUUUGAGUAUUGGGGUGUUGUAAGAUGCAUGCGUUUUGUUCAACAUUGUGAAAAUUUUCAAUCUCUAUUAGUUGUUUUAAAGCUUUUCUUUC